UUUCCGCCUCCCUCCAAAAAGAGAUAAUAAUAUUUAGAGGCGCUUGCUGGGGGCUGAAUGAGAAUUGGCCCUAGGCACAGCCCAUCAUUAGCACGGGACAGCCGGGCCACCGUGACAUUUUUUAGAAAGCUGAGAUGAUGGAAAGAAUAAGAAAAGAGAUGAUUCUGAUGGAGAGAGGGCUGCACAGCCCAACGGCCGGCAAGAGGUUCUCCAAUUUGUCCGAUUCGGCUGGCAAUGCUGUGUUGGAGGCCCUGGAAAAUUCGCAGCACCCGGCUCGUCUCAGCCCGCGCUUGCCUUCCGCCCCCCUGCACGGCGCUCUGGGAGAUCUCCCAGCCAAGGGCAAAUUCGAAAUAGACACUUUAUUCAACCUGCAGCACCCAGGCAGCGAAAGCUCCGUCUCUUCCGAAAUCUCCACUGCCGCCGCCGCCGCGGAGGGCCGCAAAAAGCCGGGGCAUUAUUCGGAGGCGGCCGCCGAGGCGGACAUGAGCAGCGACGUGGAGGUGGGCUGCUCUGCGCUGCGCUCCCCGGGAGGCCUCGGUGCCACCGCGCCGCUCAAGGAAAACAAUGGCAAAGGGUACGCGGAGAGUGGCUCCACCGCCAGCAACACGACGUCCGCAUCAGGCUCGGGCCUCGGGAGCCUGCAUGGAGGCGGCGGCGGGGGCGCGGCGCUGGGUGGCUCCGGCUCCGGUGCGGAUCAGGUGCGGCGCUACCGCACGGCGUUCACCCGCGAGCAGAUCGCCCGCCUGGAGAAGGAGUUCUACCGGGAGAAUUAUGUGUCGCGGCCCCGCCGGUGCGAGCUGGCCGCUGCGCUCAACCUGCCAGAAACCACUAUCAAGGUGUGGUUCCAGAACCGGCGCAUGAAGGACAAGCGGCAGCGCCUGGCCAUGUCGUGGCCGCACCCGGCCGACCCCAGCUUCUACACCUACAUGAUGACGCACGCGGCCGCCACCGGAAGCCUGCCCUACCCCUUCCACUCGCACGUGCCGCUUCACUACUAUCCGCACGUGGGCGUCACGGCCGCGGCAGCAGCGGCCGCGGCUUCCGGCGCCGCCGCCGCGGCCUCCUCGCCCUUCGCCACUUCCAUCCGCCCGCUGGACACCUUCCGCGCCCUCUCGCACCCCUACUCGCGGCCCGAGCUGCUCUGCAGCUUCCGCCACCCGGGCCUCUAUCAGGGGCCCGCGGCCGCCGCGGGGCUCAACAGCGCGGCCUCCGCCGCGGCGGCGGCGGCGGCGGCGGCCGCGGCAGCCUCGUCCGCCGCGGCAGCCGGGGCGCCCCCCAGCGGCGGCUCCGCGCCCUGCUCGUGCCUCAGUUGCCACAGCAGUCAAUCCGCCGCCGCCGCCGCCGCCGCUGCCGCCGCCGCCCUGGGCUCGCGGGGCGGCGGCGGCGGCGGCGCGGGCGGCGGCGGCGGCGGCGCGGGGGCUGCGGCGGGCUCGGACUUCGGCUGCAGCGCCGCGGCUCCGCGCUCCGAGAGCGGCUUCCUGCCCUACUCCGCUGCAGUGCUCAGCAAGACAGCCGUGAGCCCCCCGGACCAGAGGGACGAGGCGCCGCUGACCAGAUAACUACAUCGCUGCCGCCAGGGGGCCGCGCCCGUCGCGCCGAGUUUGCCCGGGAGUCCCCUGAGCGCCCGUCCCCCAACCUAGGGCCCCCAGCCCCGCGCCCUUCGUGCGCCCAGGUGCCCUCUGAGCUCUGCCCUCCGUUAACGUUGCCGCCAGGGGGCGCCCCGGCGCGGGAGGCUGAAGGAAAUCGGCUCUGGAUUGGGGGGCAAACCUGGGGCGCGAAAGCCUGGCCGAAGUCUCCCCAAAUUAUUUAUAUUUUUGUAUUUGCUCCCCAGCAGCCUUUCCCUCCUCUAAGUAUGUGUCCCGCCGCUCAGUCCCCUUUUCCCGCCUCCGUCCUGAGCUCUUGGUCUCCCCGAAGACAAUUAAUUCCCUGGGUCCGAAAUCCGUUCUCUGGGGUCCGUGCGUCCUCGGGCCGGGGUUACUCGGCUAAGCACGUGGCCAGCAGCAGCCGGGCGGCGCAGCAAAGAGCGAGGAGGGCACGGUGUGCAUUAGCGCUUUGUGUGGGAGGCGGGCACCCCGAGGGUCCGGUUGCUGCGCUUAGCCUUUCGAUCCUUUCUUUUCUUUAAAGGACGGGGCGGGGGAUGACCACUGUUCUUUCUGUGUAAGCUUGUUGGGGGCCCUAAGCGGAGGAGAGUCGGAGGAGAUGACCAGGAGGGUGGAUGGAAGGAACAGGGCCGUUGCUGGGGGUAUCGGUCAGUACGUGCAGGACGGAGCGAGGCCGGGUGGGCUGUGGCCGCCUAGCCGCGGAAGGACAGCUGAGGUGGGCAAGGCUGGCGGCUUCCCCCUGCGCUCUCCUUUGGUCUUUGGUCUGCAAGGAA